ACUACAAGUAGAUACUACAAUUAUAAACUUUAAAUAAUAUCCUCUUGAUGUUAAGACGAUUAACUAGACUCACGGUUCCAGUGGUAGCAUUAACUACAGGUUAUGCUUUUUUCCCUAAGGAAUGGAGGAAAAAUCAUUCCUCAGAAUUAAAAAAAAUUAAUCAUUUCAAUGAAUCAAUUAAUGAUCAAUUAGAAUUAUCAAAGGAGUUUCAAGAACUUUCUAGUAAUGAUAAAAUCAGAAAGUUUUCUCCUAGACAAGAAUUCCCUUCACAGCACCGUGAAAAUUAUGUAGGUUCAGGGAUUCUUUUCGGUCCUGAUCUUAUGGAGAUAGAUCCAAUAGUAUUCAUUAACCCUGACGAAGGUGAAUUAACAAGUUUUUAUCAUCUUGGAACUAAAUUAAUUAGUCAAGAUGGUCAAAUUCAUAACGGUAUAGUAUCCACAAUCCUUGACGAAGGAUUAUGUACUUGUGGAUUUGCAAGAUUACCAUCUAAAAAGGGAGUUACUGCAAAAUUGUCUAUAAACUUUAUAAAUCAAGCACCACCAAAUAGUACAGUAGUUUUACGAGCAAAAGUGGUGGAAUCAAAGGGUCGCAAAGUCAUUAUACGGGGGGAUUUAGAGACAUACCCAUUGAAUGGUGGUGAGGCAGUGAAAAUCGCCACCUCGGAGUGUAUAUUAGUCGAACCAAAAUGGUUCAAAUAUUUGUCUUGGUUACAAGUGUUUUAAAUUUAAGUAUAUAGGUUUCAGAAGUAUAUGUUAAUAAUAGUAAUAAUCUAUAUACGUCAUUA